UAUAAAAUGGAAACCCAUUCAAACUCUUUGUUUAGAGAAGGCCAUAUGGUUGUCCAGUACAUACUGACUCAGUUCCUUGACUUUAAAACUUUGGCAAAAUUCAAAUGCUGUUGCAGGUUCACUAAAGAAUGCAUUGAAGAGUACGAGAAGACUUGGGAAGGAAGGUUCAAGGCUCUAGAAGGCAAAUACAGGAUCGACCUGAGUGAGUGAGAGAAAGCAAUUGCUGACAAGAAGCCCGAAGACAAGUUCAGAAUUCUCCCUGAAAAUGAAAGAAUGUUGUAUCAAACCAACCAAAUGUACAGACACAAAGACUUCAGACAUGUUUUUAGAAUGUUUUGUGGAGACAAUCAGGUUGCUACUAUGGCAGAGAAAAGAGAUGGAUGGGCACAUACAGAUAAUCCUAGCUAUUUCUCCGUUGCUACAAGGCAUGAUUCGAUCUUUACUGAGAAAAUGCCAGAGCUGAUUGAUGUCUGAUGGUAUGAUCCUAGCUGCACUAUAAAUGAUGUUCUUCCAGAAAAAUACUAUACCAUUUAUGUCAGACAUCUAGUGAAGCAACAUAAUAGCAUUAAGCGAACACUCAAGAUCUUUGUGGAUGGAAAGGCAUUUUACCCUGCAGAAGAUGGCAAAGAAGACAUCAAGAAAACUUUUAGUAUCCAUGAAGAAGCUAAUUUUCCAAGCAUGAUAAACCUUGAUUCAGGUGAAGAGUAUCCUUAUGACAAGUUCUUUAACCAAAAAAUUUGUGAAAUAGACCUCACUGAGUAUCAAGACGCUAAGAGAAUUGACAUCUCGUUUGGAUGGAGACACAAUACCGAUUAUUGGAAAGGUGGCUACAUCAUCGAUGGAGUUCUACUGAUGCCUAACGAAGUUACACCUACUGAAGAAAGUAUGCCAACUAUUGAGAAAUUUUUAUCAGAAUAAC